AUGCUCCUAACUGGUCCUGUGUUGCUGUUUGAAGGAUCUAUGGAGGUGAGGCUGAAGGAUGGCGGUGGGCGCUGUGCUGGGAGAGUGGAGGUGAAACAUGAGGACCAGUGGGGGACCGUAUUUGGUGGCUACUGGAACAUGGAAGAUGCUGCAGUGGUUUGUAAGCAGCUGGGCUGUGGGUCUGCUCUUGAAGCUCCUCAGUACGGACACUUUGGGUCAGGAUCUGGCCGCACAUGGCUGUCUGAUGCUGGCUGUCGUGGCACCGAGUCUGCCCUGUCUGACUGUGCACACGGUGGAUGGGGUAAAUACACAUGGGAUCACAGAUUUGAUGCUGGAGUGAAGUGUUCAGGAUUUGUCCAGCUGGUCGGAGGGGACAGCCGUUGCUCAGGACGUGUGGAGAUCCAUGAUGGGGACCAGUGGAAAACUGUCUGUGACUCAGACUUUGGUCCCAAAGCUGCCAACGUCGUCUGCAGGGACCUGCAGUGUGGCGCAGCCCUGUUCGUCCGUGGGGCAGCUCCCUUUGGAGAAGGGGUUGGUCCCAUCUGGGACAGAGAGCUGCAGUGUGCGGGGAAUGAAUCCUUCCUAAUGUUCUGCCCAAGGGGAUCCCCCAGAGACCAGCCUUGCACGCGUGCGAAUGCUGUCAGUGUCACCUGCACACGGUUCAGGCUGGUGAAUGGCAGCACGGCAUGUGAGGGGAGGGUGGAGGUCGAGGUGCUGGGGACCUGGGGCACCCUCUGUGCCUCCCACUGGGAUCUCUCAGAUGCGCACGUUCUCUGUCAUCACCUCAACUGCGGCUUUGCUGAGUCCAUUCCCAGAGGAGGGCAUUUUGGGAGAGGAAUAGGACCUGUCUGGAGAGACUCAUUUCACUGUGAUGGGACUGAAACCCACCUGGGACAGUGCCCCAUGACAGCCCUGGGGGCCUCGCCGUGCUCCCAUGAGAACAAUGCUGCUGUCAUUUGCUCAGAUCCCACACGGGGCCGUACAACUGGCAGCGGGAGACUCUCACUGCCCAUCAUCAUGUGCAUCAUCCUGGGGGCCCUUGUCUGCCUUCUCCUGGCCCUCCUGUCCGGGCAAGUGCGAAGCGCCAGGGCUGGGCACAGAGGCUCUGGGAGAGACUGGGAGCCCUUCCCUGAAGCCGUCUAUGAGGAGAUCAGGUACAGCCCGGCAUGGGGGAAGCAGGAAAGGUUCAGUGGCUCAGGCUCCUGUUCUGAGGGAACCCUGACCAAGCUGCAGCCCUGCCCUGGGGACAGCAAGGAGGAGGAUGGUCCGGGACCAGCACCAGAUUUCCCUGUCCUGCCCAGGGGUGACCCAGCGGAUGGCUAUGAUGAUGCCAGGGAGGUUUCUGAGCCUGGCAAGGAUCCUGCCUCUGGGCAGGGAGACUUCGAAAUGCCCAGGGCAUCAGAAGAGGCAGCAGGAGCCAGGAAUGGCCCCGGAGGGAUGGUGCUGCUGGUUUAUGAGGUGCCAUCCCUGGUGUGGGAUGAAUCACUGCUGUCCUGA